AUGACAGAUAAUCGCAUCAGAGACUGGUUCGACAAUCAGAUUGAGCUCCAAAAGCAAUCAUCCAUGCACUUUUCUGGAAAACAUAACGUCGCCCAACCCCAAUCCACUGCGAUAGAAGAGGAAAUCGACUUUGAUUUUUACGCGCAAAUGUCAGAAUUUGCCAGUCUCAAGACGAUCCAGAUAAGGCGAUUGGAUAUCGCAGAAAAUAUUUCCAUGAUAACUGCAGAAGAAGAGAUUGGUGAGAACCGACUGGUGCAGCAAGCGGUUGAAAAGCUGGAGAGCAUCACUGCUCUGGGCUAUGAAAGGUUUGUACCCGUUGAACGCUGUCCUAUUGCAGUCCUGACAGAACUCAGAGUCGCGUUUGACAACGUGUUUAUCAACUAUGAUGGCAUGUUCGCCAGCUUGAAGACCUGGUCGAAACGUGCGAGAUACGGAGGCAGAGUGAAGUUUGAUAACGAGAACAAAUCCGGUCCUCUGGAUUCAGGAUCUUAUGGCGGUCCACGGAUCAGCGUCCAAGCUGUAUGGAGAUACAAGUGGGAUAAACCAAAGGUCCAAAGCACGACGCGGUACGCCCUGCCAACGACACCAAGCAUACGUUCAGGGCCAAGACCUAUGACUUGGGACUUGCGAAUCCAGCAUGCGAUGGUGGAUGGCCAGAAAGGAGCCAUUGGCUUGGAAGACGAGACCAGCGGUGUCCCGAUGAUCAAAGCCAUAGCAAAGUACGCUUUGCACGAGACUCUGACCAUGCAAGGUAGUUUUGGGACGAGCAGAAUCCACAAAUGGGGUCUUGAUGAGCCAAAUGAUGAACCUCCGUACGUUGGAGCGAGGCAUCUUGGCGGGGCGGCAAGAAUAGAACUUCCACCACCUUAUACCGAGUAG